AUGGCAGGACGGCCUCAUCCCUAUGACAGUAACUCCAGUGACCCAGAGAAUUGGGAUCGGAAAUUGCAUAGUAGACCUCGUAAACUUUAUAAGCAUUCAAGUACUCCCUCACGUGUUGCUAAAGGAGGAAUCGACCACACCAAGAUGAGUCUACAUGGUGCUAGUGGGGGACAUGAGAGAUCAAGAGAUAGACGAAGGUCAAGUGACAGAUCACGAGAUUCAUCUCAUGAAAGAACAGAGUCUCAACUCACUCCUUGUAUUAGAAAUGUUACUUCUCCAACCCGACAGCACCAUGUUGAGCGAGAAAAAGAUCAUAGUUCUUCUCGUCCAAGUAGUCCUCGUCCUCAAAAAGCCUCCCCAAAUGGUUCCAUGAGCAGUGCUGGGAACAGCAGCAGAAACAGCAGUCAAUCAAGUUCAGAUGGCAGCUGCAAGACAUCUGCAGAGAUGGUAUUUGUGUAUGAAAAUGCAAAAGAAGGAGCCCGGAGUAUAAGAACGUCAGAACGUGUGACAUUAAUAGUGGAUAACACGAGAUUUGUUGUAGAUCCAUCCAUUUUCACUGCACAACCUAAUACAAUGUUGGGCAGGAUGUUUGGGUCUGGCCGAGAACAUAACUUCACACGUCCCAAUGAGAAGGGAGAGUAUGAAGUGGCUGAGGGAAUUGGUUCCACAGUGUUUCGAGCUAUCCUGAAAAAAAAGAAACAAAGAUUUUCUGUGGGUUUUAUUUCAGGUGCCCUAAUGCAUGAGUUAUCAAAUGAUGGUGCUCGUCGACAAUUUGAAUUUUAUCUGGAAGAAAUGAUCCUCCCUCUUAUGGUAGCUAGUGCCCAGAGUGGGGAAAGAGAAUGCCAUAUAGUGGUGCUUACAGAUGAUGAUGUGGUUGAUUGGGAUGAGGAGUAUCCACCACAAAUGGGAGAAGAAUAUUCACAAAUUAUUUAUAGCACAAAAUUAUAUAGAUUUUUCAAGUACAUUGAAAACAGAGAUGUGGCCAAAUCAGUUUUGAAGGAAAGAGGUCUUAAGAAGAUUAGAUUGGGAAUAGAAGGUUAUCCUACCUACAAAGAAAAAGUAAAGAAAAGGCCUGGAGGCCGCCCAGAAGUCAUUUACAACUAUGUCCAAAGACCCUUUAUUCGCAUGUCCUGGGAGAAGGAAGAAGGAAAGAGCCGGCAUGUAGACUUUCAGUGUGUAAAAAGUAAAUCUAUCACCAACCUGGCAGCAGCUGCUGCAGACAUUCCCCAGGACCAGCUGGUGGUCAUGCACCCAACUCCACAAGUGGAUGAGCUGGACAGCCUUCCCAUUCAGCCCCCUUCUAGCAACAGUGACCUCGAUCCUGAUGCCCAGAACCCAAUGUUGUGAUGCUGAUGAUCCUUGAAACCAUAGCAUGCUACUCUUCACAAUGACGGUGUACUCCUCAUUCUGCACUGCAAGGCCACUCUUCUUCAUUGUGAGCUGCACAUAUUUAGGAUAUUGCAGUGUAGGCUUUUUUAAAGACCAAAGGUAGCCGAAUGGUUUUUUUUAAAUGAGUACAACUUUAGCAUCCUGAGGUUCUAGUUACAUAAACGUAUUUGUUUACCAGUAGGUUUGUGAAAUUGGUUCUUUGUAUGGGGGACAGUCCUUUUUCACACACAUCUAGGUCUUUUCAGAAAUGGUGGAAAUUGGCACCUGGGGUAUUUUCAGUGUAGAUUGAUAUUCAUCUCACCUCAGAUAAAAUGCAGAAUAUUAUGUAGUUGCACUUUAUAAAUGGUGGUUAAAUGGAACUGUUCAAGCCAUUUUAUAGUUGUGAUGCACAAUAUAACUUAAAUAAGUGCUUCUAUCAAAGUAUUCCUUCAGUAAAAUGUGUAUAGUUUGCUUGUGAUGAGCAAAAAAGUGAGUAUUUACCUUGGGCUUAUUUGAAUGACUAGGGUGAGAUUUGAUGCUCUUAUCAGUUCAA